AUGUUGGUUCUCGGCCCAUUCAUCUAUCCCGUCGUCUUUGCCUGCCUCGUCACCGCAGCCGAUCCCUCUAUGACGUCCAUGAUCAAACGUUCGCAUGCUCCUCUGUACAAGGAAGAGCAUUGGAACAAUCUAAUACCCUCAUCGUCGAUCGCGGACGUCUCAGGAAACCCAACAGCCGGACUUCCAACAAUUAGCCUCGGAGUAGCGAACGAGAAGCGAGAGGAUCAAUCUUGCGUCUCUGUUCAUCUUUGUACCGAAAAGGACUGGAAAGGAGACUGCUGGUGGGCCUGCUUCCGAGACGGCCUGGAGACAUACCCUAACUGGGACUGGGGUAGUCAUGUCAAGUCCGCUCGGCCAGGCGAAGAUGCCAAGUGCAAGUUCUUUUUUGGCCCCGACUGUAGCAUGCGAUCGAAGAAACAAGAUAUGGAAUGGCCCGGGGGAAACUUUGAGCGCUUGGGUGAUUUUGGCAUAGGGUGCUUCUAUUGCAUGAUGAAGGGAUCGAAGAAGUCAUACUUGAAAUCGGAUUGA